CCACCUGUCAGUGUCCAUCAGUGCCAGCUGUCAGUGCUCCUAUCAGUGCCAGUCAGUGCCACCUAUCAAUGCCAGUCAGUGCUGCCUAUCAGUGCGCAUCAGUGCCGCCUAUCAGUGUGCAUUAGUGCCCAUCAGUGCUGCCUAACAGUGCCACCUAACAGUGCCAGUCAGUGCCGCCUAUCAGUGCCAUAUAUGAGUGCUGCCUUACAGUGCCCAUCAGUGAUGCCUGUCAAUGCCCAUCAGUGCCACCUACCAGUGCCUGCUCAUCAGUGCCCAUCAGUGCCCAUCAGUGCAGCCUAUCAGUGCAGCCUCAUU